AUGUGUAGGAGAGUCACUCCUGGCCUCUUCAUGAUCAUAGUUUACCUCUGUGUUCGGCAGACCUCAGAACAGGUACCAGGGCAAAUGGAAGUGAGGAAGCCCCUAUACCAGAGGCUGAGGAGACUGGAUGAACAGUUCAGGAGAUUUCAAGAGGUCACCCUCAACCAUCUUCAAAGCAUUGCUGAAAACUACAACAUCUCCUACAGCAUAGACACCCGCUUCCAAUUACUUACCCAGCAGUAUGAGAGCCUGUCCAGAGACUUUCAGUCAUUCAAAGCCUCAGCAGACCAGGACCUCAGUUCCCUUAAGUCCUGGUCUAAGAAGUUCCAGAAGAAGACAAAGAGGCUGGACCUGAGACUGGCUAAUGUGGAAAGAGCCCUAAGAGAGAACAACAGGCUCAACCACAGACAUGUCCAGGAGCACAGGACAGUGAUUGCAAACCUAACACAGGAGCUCCGUGAGCAACGGAAUCUCACUGGUUCCAUGGAGGCGUACAAGGAGGAGGUUCAGAGUGGGAUUGGUGUCCUCCAAGACGCCCUCACACAGCAGCAGGAGCAGAUGAAACAGCUGAGCGAACAAAUCCAGGCCAUGCAGAGAGCUGGUGUUUUCUCCAGCACAGGGUCUCCACGCUCUGAGGACCCUCUCACGUCUAACCGUACUCCACAAGGUCUUGUCCCUGCCAUGCUGACAAAGAGAGUUAAGCCCAAAGUCCAGCCCAAAGUUUCUAAAGAGGACAGAGUGAGAAACAGGCUUCUUCCUUUCACUUCCACCUCACAACCACGAGUUUUCCCAGAAGGCCGCAGGCUGAGAGACAGGAAACAGGGAUCUGCACAGACCAGCACGCUGCCUCCAGAGCCUCCAGCUCUACCCAAGGAACAUUCACAGAUCCAGAGCCUCCUGCAGCUUCCACUCAGACACAAGAUUCCGCAGCACCACAUACCAAAGAAAGCAGCAUCAAUAUGCAAUGUACAUUCGGCGCUCCUGUUCCCAUCUGCAUCGGCGCAAAACUAUGUUACUUUCCGGAAGGGUUUCUCUGCUGGAAUUCAUGAGAUAUCAAUCUGUACGUGGCUGAAAGUGGAUGCAGAUUAUGUUGGCACGUUGCUGUCUUACGCCACCGAGGACAAUGACAACAAGUUGGUCCUCUAUGGUCGCAACUCAAGCAUACAAGGUAGCAUGGAUUUCGUGAUUGGUGAUCCCGCAUACCGCGAACUAUCCAUUGGGAAUAUUCUGGAUGGCCGCUGGCACCACAUCUGCGUCAUAUGGUCCUCCAUUGAGGGACGAUUUUGGCAUUACACAGACCGCCGCCUGACCUCCACCGGUUCAAAGUUCCAGAAAGGCUACGAAAUUCCUUCCGGGGGGUUCAUGGUUUUAGGACAGGAGCAGGAUACAGUGGGAGGUGGCUUUGACAUCGCCGAAGCUUUCGUGGGCAGACUGGCAGGUUUUGCUUUGUGGUCCCGAGUCUUGACCCCUGGCGAGGUAUCCGGGGUUGCCACAGGUAGAGGACUGCCCAGAGGAGCGGUGCUGACCCUGGAUGAUGUGGAUCAGUUGCAUGGCUCCGUUCAGCAAGUCAGCUGUGAAUGCUUGGAACAUUGUAUCUGA